UAAAAUUCUGGGAACAUAAGGCGUGGAUUCGAAAGAUUCUCUGAUUGCGUUUAAACUUUAAUCUGCGCAUUUAAUUGGAAGUUUUAAAAGCGAUUUAAGAUACAAGACAAUCAUGUCAGUAUGUUUAAAUUUCGUAAACGGGAACUGCAAAUACGGAGAAAGUUGCUACAAAGAGCACGUAGACCUCAAGAGAGUCCUAAAAGAGGACAUAGAAUCGAGUAUCAACGGACGCGUGUGGCCCUUCUCGGCUUACGGCCCCUUUUAUUUGAAGGGUAAUUUUCCCAACUUUAUAGAGGAUGACUCAUUCGAGGAAGUCCGGUUGCGGUACUAUAAGGCUAAACGAAUGAAUCUUGUCGAGGUAUAUUACCGCCAGUUUUGCCGCGAUUGGAUGGUGGCCAAAAACAAGCUCCACAGCUUGCUGCAAAUGUCGAGUCAAACAGUUUCCACCAUGAUCGACCUUUACCAACAGCCAAGUAAAUACGGUAAUCCCUGUUGUGCGCGCAAUUCCAUGAGCGGUUCAAUAAGGGCUCCAGCCUUUAAGGAAAGCAACCAGGCCCAACCGGAGAAAAACCAUCCUUUAUGUAGUUGUGGACAGAAGCAAAACCUGCAAACAACAGGAAUAUGUUUUGGUCAGGAUACUGGCCAAACCAAGAACAAUUGGAAUGAUUCUGUAGGGAAUACACUUACUCCUCAGCCCUUUGGAAAUAGUAAUGUGGGUUUCAAUGAUCAAGGGAAAUUCUUUUUCAACGAGAAACCUAAUCCUUUUGGUAACUCUUUGGUGCAGUUAUCUGAGGAGGAAUCACCGACCAAGGCCGAGGAGAAGAAGUGGGGAAAGCACCCUCCUGCACCGCAGAAGAUCAUGGAGUAUCUGGACAAACACGUGGUGGGCCAGCACUUAUCCAAGAAGGUGCUAGCGGUAGCAGUAUAUAACCACUACAAGCGCAUCCACAACAACUUGCCGCAGCAAAAGCCGCAAUACUCAUCUGACAACGUCGACCAGGACGUAACUCCUCGGCUCGAUCAGCUGCAGAUCUCUGGGAACUGUUUUGCGCUAACAAGUUCGCCAGAGAAAGAAAUACCGACCGAUGUCGGACUCGGCAAAGAAACCACCAUCUCCGAAUCCAACUCGGAGUUGGAUCGGGAGUCCGAAGACGUCAAUCUGGAGAAGAGCAACAUCAUCAUGCUGGGUCCAACGGGAUCUGGUAAAACACUUAUCGCCAAGACCAUCGCCAAGUGCUUAGACGUCCCCUUUGCCAUUUGUGACUGCACCACUCUAACGCCGGCUGGUUACGUCGGCGAAGACAUCGAGAGCGCACUAUUGACGUUGCUGCGGGCUGCCGGCAACAACGUGGAGCGCGCACAGACGGGCAUUGUUUACCUGGAUGAGGUGGACAAAAUCUGUGCCUUGCCUCAAAGCAAACAACGCUGUGACAUUGGCGGCAGGGGCGUCCAGCAGGGCAUGCUCAAGAUGCUGGAGGGCAGCUUAGUAAACCUCAGCGGUCGUAAACUACUGUAUGGCAACAAGGUUCAACUGGAUACUACGAACAUCCUGUUCGUGGCUUCGGGCGCCUUUACGGGCCUUAACAAGAUCAUUGCCCAUCGCCUCAACGAAAAGGGUUCCGACCUGGCCUCGACCAGCGAAUCCGGAUCCCCGCUUAUGGACCAAGAUGAUCGGGAUAGGUACCUGACCAAAGUACAGACAUGUGACCUCGUUGAGUUCGGAAUGAUCCCGGAGUUCAUUGGCCGUUUCCCAGUUGUAGUGCCUUUCCACAGUUUUGAUGUCAGCAUGCUAGUACGCAUCCUGACUGAACCGCGCAGCGCACUGAUAACGCAAUACAAGGCACUGCUGGAUAUGGAUGAUGUGAACCUGACGUUUACCGAGGAGGCCGUAGAGGCAAUAGCCCAACUGGCGAUGGAGAGGGACACGGGAGCACGGGGACUACGCUCCAUUAUGGAGCAACUGCUGUUGGAUCCAAUGUUCUUAGUGCCCGGGUCAGACAUUCGGAGGGUUCACAUAACCGCCGACUGUGUGAAGGGGAAAUCCGCACCCGAAUACAGCCGAGAUACGAACUCCUCGGAUUCAGGAAUGAAUUUAAUAAAUUUAUAACUUUAAUGGAAGAUUUAUUUUCAAUUGCUUUUAUAGACAAAUGUGACAAAGGAGUAUCAAUUGAUUUGUAUAAAUUUAAUUGAAAAGAUAAAAAUAAAGUAGGUGGCUAUUUUUUUGAGUGCA